UCAUGGCUAUAACAUUUGUUGGCCUUUUGUCAAUUCUGUUACCAUUUGUACUUCCGCCAGUGUUAUCAAUCCAAGUGAAAUCCGACCAGCAUCGAUACGCUUGUGGCCAACGUCCGAUCAGUGCGAUUGGUGUUAUCACGGCUGGUCAAUCGACCUGGCCCGGAGAAUUUCCGUGGCAUGCCUCCCUUCAUCGAACGAAAGGCCUCGGAAGCGAAUACAUUUGCGGUGGUUUUAUUGCUAGCGAUCGCAUCGUCAUAACCGCAGCCCAUUGCGUUACGGCACCGAAUGGUUAUCAAGUUGUCCCCAAUGUACUCUCGGUACGGCUGGGAUUGUAUGAGCUUUUGAGUAUGACACGCAAUACACAAGAGCAUCGAGUGGAAAGGAUUCAACGACACGAUAACUACACUGGAAUGUCCUACAAACACGACAUCGCUUUGCUAUUUUUGAGAACGAUAGUAGAGUUUGGUGACUACGUUCAGCCGAUAUGUCUGUGGGAAGUGCAAAAGUAUGGCCGGGGAGAAGAUCUCGAUGGAAUUGUGUCAGGCUGGGGCCUAACGGAGUAUGAUGUGUUGGCUGAUAGGCUGAAGUCAGCCAGGAUGCCAAUGGUUGGUUAUCUGGAAUGCCUUGAAAGUGACCGUGAUCUGUUCUCGCGGGUGAUCUUCGAUGGAAUGUUCUGCGCUGGUCUGACUAACCGUACCAACGUAUGUAACGGGGAUAGUGGUGGGGCUUUCGCCGUGAACGUAAAUGGAACUUGGAUAGCUCGAGGAAUAAUUUCCUUUACUGGAUUGAAGGAUUCAUCAGUUACUAUGUGCAAUCCGGAGAGCCUAGCCGGUUUUGUCAACAUUCCUCAGUAUGUAGAAUGGAUAGAGAGGGUAGCAAACAAGGAUCGAUUCGUAGCAAUUGACCCUUCCUCAGAUAAUGGGGAAAUGGAAUUUAUGUCGGCGUCCAAUUCCACAAUGACGACGACAACGACGACAAGGAGCAGCAUUAGUGAUAAAAAAUGUGUCGAAUACCACCAAAACAGUUCGGAAAGAGAAUCCCGAGAGCUGUCCUAUUUGGCGUACGUUUCAAUGGAUUCCCCAUUCAUGCGUGUGAUUGAUUGUUUCGCCGUAUUGAUAAGUGAGCGCUUUCUCCUCGCAAGAGCCGACUGUCGCUCACAUCCAACCUCGCAUACUCCCAACACAGAAGGAAAGCAAUUCAUUAUUGUCGAAAUGGAAGGUCAAGCACUGCAGUACGAAAUAGAGAAUAUUCACCAACAUCCAGCCUUUGCUCAGAAUCCGACCGAAAACAACCUUGCACUAAUUGAGCUGAAACGAAACGUAUCAAUUUCCAGUAGUCAGUUUGUUUGCCUGUGGAGCAGAGGAGAGUUGGAUUUGGGCAAAAUAUUCCUCUACUCGGCGAUGAACGGUUCGAGGAAACCACUAAUGGAUUCGAUGAAGUGUUUCAAUCAGUUGCUGGCGCCAUCAAUUAUGAUAGAGAAUGAUUACUAUCAUUUGGUUGGAAUCGUGGUUCACAGCACUUGCUCGAAGAUAAGAUUUAUAAAACUGCAGAAGUUCGUACCGUGGAUUGAGGACAUUGUAUGGCAAAGAGGAUUGUAAAGGGACCGUUAUACGGAUAGUUCACGGUAUAUUUGAUAGCAAGAUGAGAAGAAAACUUGCUCUACAUAAAGACAUUAUUCAUCUCACGUAUUUCAAACAUUUUAGGUACAAAUUAACUUCUGAUUAUGUUCACCUCUAAUUACGAAUGGUGUGAUCAGUUUUCUAUUUAAUAGAUUUACCACAAUGCACUGUGGUGCAUGCUGGGAAUUUUGCAACACAAAAGUCAAAGAGCUUUUGAUUUAGUUUUAGGUGUUUGGUGUCCUCGUUCCUCGUUUAAAUGAGAUCGGUAAGAGAUAAAAAAUGUGUCUUUAACAAAUUAGCUUGAAAUCAACUCAACUACAACUUUACCAAUGAUCAAGUGUUUCAAAUUUCAACUUUCAACUAGACCGGGUAGAACUUGUUAUUUUUUUCAGUGAAUGUAAUUUACAUUCACUGAAAAACAAUGGUGGGCUCUGUUAACUCUUCUUCAUCAUACAUAAGUGAUACAGUUUUGAUUUGUAGCUUAAUACAUCAUUUUACGAAAUUCUGUUGUUGAAAUAAGUUAGACGCAAAUGAAUUUAAAUUAAUACACGAAAUGAAUGUUAAUGAUUUCCAUGCCUGCUAUCAACUCUGGCCAUUGAUUCUUUCGUUCGGGAUUUAUGAGUUUCACCCUUUUCGAACAAUCAUUUCCUUACACAUAAAUCUUAAAUUUAAAAAAAGUUGUUCUGUCAUCAUUACCAAACCCCCAAAAAUAUCACCAUGUAUGAGUCACAAG